AUGCCGGUCGAUCAUUCAUUUUUGGUUAACGACGGCGGGAAUGAUAAUGAUGAUCCCGAUGAGGAUAACCAAUCCAAAGACGACGAAUCCUUCAGGGGUUUUUCAGACACGGAACAAGAAGCAACUGCAGUAGUUAAACAGCGAAUCAUGAGCAUCCAGCGGAACAUUUUGCAUCAAGGGCAACUGUCUCUAGCGCUGCUGACAGUGAUGCAACACAAAUUGUCUGCAGCAUAUCAGGAGUACAAUGGAUUUCACAGCAAGGUGAUGGCGCUAAUCCCGGAUGCGACUGUGUACCGACAAGCAGAAAUUUACCAGGAUUUCGAAGACCUUUUUAACCUGGUCUCAACGAAUGUAGAGGAGCUACUACUGGUUGCAAAGGACCGAGCAGCCUCAGCAGCGGGUUCAAAACAACAAGUCAUCAUCCAACAGCAGCCUCUAAAAGCGCCAAUUCCUACGUUUGACGGCAGUUACCCCAACUGGCCGAAAUUCAAGGCCAUCUUUUUGGAUCUGAUGGCCAACUCGAGUGAUACUGAUGCCAUGAAACUGUAUCAUCUUGACAAGGCUCUCGUCGGUCAAGCAGCCGGAAUACUAGACACCAAGGCGCGUAGCGGUAGUUAUCAACAAGCCUGGGCCAUUCUCACCGAGCGAUUUGAAAAUUUGCGUGUGAUUGUGGAAUCACACCUCCGGAGUUUGCUGUCGCUCAAGAAGAUGACGUCCGAAUCUCACAAAGAGCUGCGAUCACUGGUGAACGAGGUUACCCGCCAUGUAGAGAGCCUACGCUACCUUAAGCAAGAGAUGACCGGUGUGUCGGAGCAUAUGACCGUGUUCUUGGUUGUGAAUGCCCUCGACAAGUCGACACGAAAGGCUUGGGAGUCCACACAACGAAAGGGAGAGCUUCCAAGUAACGAGCAAACCAUCAAGUUCCUGACAUCCAGAGCCGAAAUUCUGGAGAACUGUGAAGCCGCGUACCAGAUACAAGUUCCAGCAGCGAAUAAUCCAAAAUCAACAGCCUUAUGGCCGAAACCGUCUCAGAAAAGUUAUGCAGCCUCAGCAAAUCCAACGAAGACCGAACCAGCUUGUGACUUUUGCGGCGGUGUCAACCGCAACUUCCAGUGCUCGACCUUCAUCUCUUUGUCCACAUCCCAGAAGAGAGAGAAGGUGCGAAUCGCUGGGCUUUGCUACAACUGCCUACGGAAAGGACACCUCACCAGAAGUUGUUCUUCCGCCAAGUCGUGUCGCAAGUGUGAGGCUCGUCACCACACUUUGUUGCACGAAGAUGUGGCGCCAGUUCCAGAGCGUGACGUCCAACCCAAAGCAUCGGUGGUAACCAAAGCGCCUAUACCGCAACCACCAUCCAUCGAAGAACCGAAAGCAACCACUACGAUAGACCACCAAGUGUCUACAUCCUGCUCCAGUUAUUUCGCCACCAGCGCGAAAACCGUACUACUGCUCACCGCAGUGGUAGAUGCCAUUGACAAACACGGCCAACCUCAUCCCUGUCGCGUCCUCCUUGAUAGCGGCUCCCAAGUAAACUUUAUUACGGAGGACAUGGCCAACCGUUUGGGAGUCAAGAAGCAGCGAGCCAACGUUCCCAUUACCGGAAUCAACGAGUUGCGAAGCCACGCUCGUGACAAGGUGAUGGUCAAAUUCCGAUCCAGAGUGUCUACAUUCUUCUGUAAUCUCGAGUGUCUGGUCACAGCCAAAGUGACUGGAAAAAUCCCCACCACCAAGAUUGACAUCAGUGGAUGGCGUCUUCCGGAAGGAAUAGUUCUAGCCGAUCCAGCGUUCCACACUCCCGACAAGGUGGAUAUGCUGAUCGGUGGAGAGUGGUUCUUCGAGAUCCUGAAGCCAAGGCCUCUAAGUUUGUCCGACAAGCUGCCACAGCUGCGAGAAACUCACCUAGGGUGGAUCGUGGCCAAUGUCCUUAAAGAGUCGUACUUCGCCGACGCUCCAGUGCAGCACUCCAACCUGGUCUCCAUCGAAGAAGUCGAAACCAUGAUGCAGCGGUUCUGGCAAGUCGAGCAAUUGCCGGAUAUCCCCAAGCUCUCCAGAGAAGAAGAAGCCUGCGAAUCCCACUUCCUGUCCACAUAUAAACGAGACCCAACAGGGAGGUUUGUGGUACAACAACCAUUCAAAGAAACCGUUGCCAAGCUGGACGAUUGCCGAGAUUUAGCACAGAAGCGAUUCCUGAUGCUAGAGAAGAGAUUGUUACGUAAGCCCGAGCUCCAGACCCAGUAUAUUGAGUUCAUCCGAGAAUACGAAACUCUCGGUCAUUGCCAUGAAGUGAUCGAAUCAGAUGAUCCGCCGGACCAGAAAAAUUUUUACCUGCCACAUCACGCCGUUUUGCGUCCCUUCAGUUCAACCACAAAAUGUCGAGUGGUAUUCGAUGCCAGUGCGAAGUCGUCCCCAUCCAAUCUUGCGUUGAACGACGUACUCCUCGUCGGUCCGGUAGUGCAAAGCGAGCUGUACUCCAUUAUGCUUCGAUUUCGCACCCAUAAAGUAGCUUUCACAGCAGACAUUUCCAAAAUGUAUCGGCAGAUUCUGAUGGCACCUGAACAUAAACACUAUCAACGAAUCUUCUGGCGUGAACGAACGUCUCAACCGUUGCGUGUACUGGAACUGGACACCGUUACUUAUGGCACAGCAUCGGCACCAUACCAAGCAACGCGGUGCCUGACACAAUUGGCUGCGGAAGAGAAGGAUGAUUACCCGAUUGCAGCCGAAAUAAUAAAAACCGAGGUCUACAUGGAUGAUACGCUAUCUGGUGCCGAUUCAGUGUCGGAAGCUAUCGAAGUACAACGGCAACUGAAACAGCUGUUGGCACGCGGUGGCUUUCCCAUCCACAAAUGGUGUUCCAAUUCUUCAGAGUUCCUCCAACACGUGCCACCCGAAGAACGUGAGCCCCAAGUGCCGUUGAAAGAAUGCGGAGCGAAUAAAGUCAUCAAGGUCUUAGGUCUGCUCUGGGAUCCAGAGGUAGAUGCACUACUCCUCGCUAACCAGAUCAAGCCAGUGACAAGAGACGUUGUGACCAAGCGGUUGAUCUACGCCGAAGUCGCCAAAUUUUACGAUCCUCUCGAACUAUGUGUGACAAACAACAACGUGAUGGCCUAUGAGUUACACGGAUUCUCUGAUGCUUCGGUCGUGGCGUACGGAGCCUGUGUGUAUGUGCGGAGCAUAUUUGCCGACGGAACGGCAAAGAUGGCUCUUCUGACCAGUAAGUCUAAGUUGGCCCCCCUGCACGAUUUGUCAAUCCCACGGAAAGAGUUGUCUGCUGCCCUCCUGCUGUCUCAUUUAGUGAAGAGAGUAACCGUCGAGUUGAGCAUGAAAUUUCUAGAAGUCGUUCUGUGGUGCGACAGUACAAUUGUUCUAGCCUGGAUCAAAAAACCGCUGAAUGAACUUGAGUUGUUCGUCCGUAAUCGCAUUGCUUUAAUCCAAGAAGAAACCGAUGGUUUCAGAUGGGAGUACAUCAACACCGAAAACAAUCCCGCCGACAUCGUUUCCCGUGGCCAGCUUCCCGAGAUCCUCAGUAGAAACAACCUCUGGUGGCACGGUCCUGAAUUCCUCGCCUACGUAAUCUAUCAGAUUCGACCGCCUGCAGCCGUUCUAGAUACAGAUUUGCCAGAAAUGAAAACAGUCCUAGCCGCACCCACCGUGAAAAUCGAACCACUUCCAAUUUUUUCCCGAUACAGUAGCUUUCGCAAACUUCAACGAGUCAUCGGUUACAUCCUGCGGUUCGUGGACAACUGCCGUAAGAAAUCUGUCGACCGUGAAACUCGUCGAAAUUUGACCGUCCGUGAACUGCGCAAAUCGAAAGAAGCUAUAAUCAAAGUGAUCCAGAUCGUCCACCUGGGGGAUGAAAUUCAGCGAGUUAUACACAAACUACCCUGCAAAAGGAUUGGCAACCUCCGACCUAUCUUCCAAGGCGGACUGCUUCGAGUAGGGGGUCGCUUAGACCGCUCACAACUCCCUUUCGAAAGUCGACAUCCUAUCAUACUGCCGGACAAGGACCCUCUGGUGCGUAUGAUGAUCCGUGAAAUGCACGUUGAGCUACUUCACAUCGGUCAAAGUGGGUUGAUGAACGCCAUGCGGCAACGAUACUGGCUGCUAAAUGCUCGAUCCACUAUCAGGCAAAUCACGCGGCGUUGCGUGAGAUGCUUUCGAUGCAAUCCAACCGACACGACUCAAUUGAUGGGCAACCUGCCCUCCGCGAGAGUUGUUCCGUCACCGCCCUUCGCAGUCACCGGUGUUGACUUCGCCGGUCCAUUCUGGGUCAAACAAGGAUCGCGACGACCUACUCUCGUAAAGGCAUAUAUAGCCGUAUAUGUCUGUAUGGCUACUAAGGCCGUUCAUUUGGAAGCAGUGUCCGACCUCAGCACCGACGCUUUUCUGGCAUCCUUGAGAAGGUUCAUCAGUCGCAGAGGAUGCAUUCAAGAGUUACAUUCCGACAACGCCACGAAUUUUAAGGGAGCAAACCACGAGAUGCACGAGCUCUACAAUCAGUUUCGUGAUCAGCAAGCGGUCCAACGCAUCGAGCAGUUUUGUCACACACGAGAAAUCGAGUGGCACUUUAUCCCGCCGGACGCCCCCGAGUUUGGCGGACUUUGGGAAGCGGCGGUCAAGUCCGCCAAAACACACCUCAAACGUAUCGUAGGGAACGUCAAGCUGAUUUUCGAGGAGUUUUCAACUGUUCUCACCGAAAUUGAAGCUGUGCUGAAUUCGCGGCCCCUGUUCGCCGUGUCUAACGAUUCUGCUGACCCGUUGGUGAUUACACCGGCGCACUACUUGAUUGGCCGUCCUCUCACCGCCUUGGCCGAACCAUCAUUGGAAAACCUGAAGGUUAAUCGUUUGGAUCGAUGGCAGCAUCUGCAGCUCAUGCGUGAGCACUUUUGGCGUGCCUGGAGCCGAGAUUACCUCAACACGCUACAGCCUCGGAAAAAGAACUUACGAACCAUGCCAAAUAUCUGCAUCGGCAUGAUUGUUCUGCUUCAUGAUCGCAUCCAGCCACCACUCCAUUGGAAGUUGGGGAAAAUAACAGCUGUUUAUCCAGGCGAAGACGGGCUAGUGAGAUCGGUCGAUGUGUUCGUCGAUGGUUCAACUUAUCGCCGCCCUAUCAACAAAAUCUCCGUUCUUCCCAUUGAAGAUAAUCAACCGAAAUCUGUAUCAUCUGUUGAGUGAGCUCAACCGGGGGGAGGAUGUUCGGUAUCGCCGAAAGGUAACCCCACCAACAAAAACUAGUACCCCUUAUCACCACCGACUCUAUAAAAGGAGAACCCCUAGCAAGCUUAAGUUUAGUUUGAUUUUCACCUCCAACCUGUAAACAUCUUCAGAAAAUAAACAGUUAGCAGUAUAAGUGUUCUAGUAUUCAUUACACCACCAACCAGCCAGGUGACGAAGCAUCCACUGGACAAUUGGAUACCCAGCCAAUUUUCAAGCGAUUGAGCUUUCUACCAACCGGAACGUUCCCCAAG